GCAAAGGGCAUUGGGAUCAGCACGGCAACGGGGAGACCACAGGGAAGAAGAGGAGGAUAAAGGCAGGCUGGAGGAGGGAAUGGCGGCCACCACGGUGACGGAUGUCGGAGGAGUGCGCAUCAUCACGGAAGUCAUCCCGGCCUCCGACCCCCGUGCGGCCCAAUUGGCUCCCAGCUCCGGGCCGGCGGCAGCCCCGGUGUCCUUCCAAGUCCAAAGCUUCCGAAGGGCUCAGCCCAAGGCGCUGGGGACCAUCCACAUCUUCACCGGCAUCAUCCACAUCUGCUUCGGGAUCAUCCUGACGGCAUCGGAGCACAGCAAACCUCCCCUCCCCGUGGCCAGCGGGGUCCUCUUCUGGCUGGGGCUCCUGCUCCUGGCCUCGGGCAUUCUGCUGGUGGAAAGCGAGAAGCGAGACAGCAUCCUCCUGGUCAAGGCGUGCUGCGUGUUCAAUGCCGGCCUCAUCCUGAGCACCCUGGUGGCCGCCCUGCUCCACAGCACGGCCAUCACCCGGGACAGCCCCGGCUGCGAGCGCGGCGCUGGGAUCCGGCUCAGACCCGAGUGGUGCUCGCACAGCGAGAGCAAGCUCCUGAGCAAUGGGAUGGAUUCCCUGCUCGUGGUCUUCAUCCUGCUCGAGUUCUGCGUGGCCGUGGCGGUGCUGGCCUUCGGGUACCACGCUGUCAGGCAGCACAGCUACACCCGCAUGGCGAUGUAGCCAUGGCCAGGCACGGAGCCAUCACUAUUAAGAGCUGCAUCCGCGAUGCUGGGGAGCCCCGGGGAUGCUCCCUGAUACCCGGGGGUGUUGGGACCGGAGCUUGAGACCCCCGCUACCCCCGGGGCAGGGUACCGCGGUCCUCAGCGCCACAAUAAAGGCUCUUUAAUGCGUUGGCAUCA